AUGAGCACUAGAAGAGGGUACAGCGCAGUAAGACCCCCUUUCCCAAAGCACCGGUCAAAAUUAUCAAAAUUGUCCAAUGUUCUAAAUUCUAGCCCAUACGAUAGAACUGGUGGAGUCUUGGACUACCAUAUUGAAGAUGGGUAUGAAUGGGAAGAUAGAAAAGGGAAUUUUAGUGGCAGCAGAACAUGCGAUUUGAGAGGAAAAAAGGAGCAGAGGAAAGUUAGGGGUUGGGAAAGAAGGGAGAGGGUGCAUGGGGCCUGGAUGGGGGAGUGGGAUGUUAGGAAAACAAUGAGGGGGAUACAGAGGGAUGAUAGAUAUGAGGAGAAGAGAAGGGAAGAAGAGAGAGGGAGGCAAGAGUAUGAAUCGGCUGUUUAUUUGAUGGAUUGAGCAAAGAAUUUUUUGGAGUUGUUGAAUAAAUUUAAAGAAAAGAAUCCUGGCAAAAUAGAUACUACUGAAGUCAACAAAAAAAUUAUAGAAAUAGUUAGCAAAGCUCACAAUAUUGAAAAGCUUUCAAGCACUUAUCAAACCUCCACUUCAAAAAACAUUUAA